CCGCAGAGACCGCGAGCGUGACGCGAGCGUGACGCAGGCGUGACGCGGGCGCAGCCGCUCCCGAGGCGCUCGCGUUGCCCCUUCCGCGCUCUGAGGCAGUCGUAGUUCGGCCCGUAUCGCCAGGCCCGGGCCACCGCCAGGCCUCUGCCGCCCGCUGCCCGCCAUGGACGACUACGCGGUCCUGUCGGACGCCGAGCUGGCCUCCGUGCUGCGCCAGUACAACAUCCCGCACGGGCCCGUCGUGGGUUCCACUCGCAAGCUCUACGAAAAGAAAAUCUUCGAGUAUGAGACCCAGAGGCGGAGGCUCUCGCCCCCGAGCUCGUCCGCAUCCUCUUUCUCCUAUGGGUUCUCGGAUUCGGCGUCCGUGGACUCGGAUAUGUACGAUCUGCCCAAGAAAGAGGACGCCUUACUUUACCAGAGCAAGGGCUAUAAUGAUGACUACUAUGAGGAGAGUUACUUGACCACCAGCACUUACGGGGAGCCUGAGUCUGUGGGCACAUCCAAAGGCUUCCGCCAGCCCUCAGCUUCACUUUCAGAUGCUGACACCUUUCACCACCAGGUUCUUGAUGACAAUCUUUUCUCUUGCGAAGAGGAGGGCAAGGAUAGGGAAUGCCCCGUGUAUGGCCGGGACAGUGCCUACCAGAGCAUCGCACACUACCGCCCUGUUUCCAACGUCUCCAGAAGCUCCCUGGGCCUGUCCUAUUACCCCACAUCCUCCUCCACCUCUACCGUGUCCUCGUCUUCAUCUCCCCCUCCUUCGUGGCUCACCCGCCGUGCCAUCCGGCCGGAAAAGCAGGCCCCUGGGGCUGGUCUGGGCCAGGAUCGCCAGGUCCCACUCUGGGGCCAGAUGCUCCUGUUCCUGGUCUUUGCUGCCUUCCUGCUCUUUGUUUACUACUCCAUGCAGGCUGAGGAUAGCAACCCCUUCUGGGAGGAGCCCUGAGGGUCUGGCUUCGUGGCCUUGGGGGCAGCUGCUCUUGGAAGUCCUGGCUGACUGCCUUAGCAGUAUUUGCUGGGGGAGGGGGGUUGGGGCUUUUUUGUGUGUUCUAGCUUGGGGGGUACUGGGACAGGGACAGUGUUUGCUUCCCCUGCCUUGUCCUGCCAGGGAGGCAGCAGGCCUGGGCCCUGUGCAGCACGGUGGGCCUAGGAGGGCAAGACCCUUCUCCUGGAGAGGAGAACAUGGCGAUUGUCAUCGCAUGCCUCCUGUUCGUUGUCACCUCAUUGCGGGGGAUUAGCCAAAGGCCACCCUUUGUUUUCGUGGACACAAUAAAAAGACCGUUUAUUUUUAAUGUC